UCACCAGCCAAACAAGCUUCCUCAGUCUUGUAGUUUUCUUCAAGACAACCUUUCGGAUAGAAACUGCAGGUUGGCUUUUGGAAAUUUAAGCUUCUUUGAAUAUUAAUCACAUUACUUUUGUGGCAGAAAACUUCUGCUGUUUUUGUAAUAAGUCAAUUCUAUCUUUUCCCUCUCUCCACCCUUUCCCAUCCUUUUUUUCAGAUGGUACCAAGAAAUCUAGCCAUUGUUUUUGGUCCAACCCUUGUGCGAUCUUUAGAAGAUAAUAUGACACAUAUGGUGACUCACAUGCCUGACCAGUACAAAAUUGUAGAAACCCUUAUCCAACAUCAUGACUGGUUUUUCACAGAAGAAGGUGCAGAAGAGCCUCUUACAACAGUUCAGGAGGAAAACACUGUAAAAUCUCAGCCAGUGCCUAACAUAGAUCCUUUACUGACCAACAUUGGAAGGACGGGCGUAUCUCCUGGAGAUGUAUCAGUAUCUUCCAGUGAUUAUAAUGCUAUUGGCAGUGCAUGGAGUUGGAAUGCUUGUUGACAAGUCUGUCAGAUUUGGACAUAGGAGGGGAGAUGAGCAUGCAUAGCCCUGUUCUCUUUAUUCACAGUUAUCCAUGUAAUUGUCAUCACAAGGUAAAACAGAUCAAUGCUACUGAAUAUGUGGUGGCUGUGAUGGCAGAAAGUGGGACCUUCCAAAUGGUAAAAAUCACUAUCAUACCCAAGGCUAGCAAUGCAUUUUAAAAGCACAAAGUUAAAUAUUUAGAACUAAUGGCACUAGUUUAACAUACCUGUGUAAUGUCUAGUAAAAAUCAGUCUCUUCCAAGUUAACUUCCUUAUUUCUCAGCUGGUCCCCUCUUUCUCGGUGACGCUUGAGUUUUCUAGAGUCUUUUGGUGAACACUAUUUUCCUGCUGUACUGCUGCACUAACCGGGCAUAUUGUUUCCCAACCUUCUCCCUUUGUCUCUAGUUCUUGUUCUAGUACUAAAGGGGGUUUCAGCACUUUGUGACACAGGCAAAUCUAUACUGAUGUUGCACAACAGGCGAAACAGGAGGCGUCUAUCCCGUGGUCAUGUCACUAGUGGACGCUGUGGUGUCCCUGAUGGACAGCUGGACCUGUAGGAAGAAGGAGGACUGUUGCCCACACUGUAGCUGCCUUGUCUGCAGAAAUCCCCCAUUCUUGUAAAUGCCAAAA